AUGUACGGCAGGCUCCCCGCAAAUUGCGGCCCAGUGGGGCCUACCAGGGGUUUUGUCGCAAAUGUUCGCAAUUUCCGCGCCACCCCCCCCUGCCCGCUCUUUCUCUCUCCACGUGGUCCCACUCCCCCCAGCGGCUUCCUCUCGCUCGCCGCCGUCCGAUCUCCUCGCCGAGAUCUGCCGGGGUUCGCGGGUAGCCUGUACGGGUGGGGCCUACCAGGGGAUUUGGCGCCUCUCUCUCUCCGAUCUCUCUCCGAUCUCCCCACAGGAAUCCGCGCUCUCUUCGACCUCCUGCCGGGAUCCGUGGCGCGAUCUUCGCCGGUGGGGAUCUGGCGAGGAUCUUCUUCUCCUCCUCCCCCUCCCCAUUGCGAGGCUCCCCUCCCCAUCGCGUGCCUCGCAAGCCCCCGCGCCCUCUCCGUUGCGCCUGCUCCCUGUCCGACGAAAUGCCGAGCCGAUAGCGGGGCGCUCCGCGGGCAUGGAUUUUUUCCCUCUCCGCCUUGCCACACCCUCGGCUCGGUGCAACCAUACGACAGCUGCGUUCUUCGUGCAGGAGAUGGUGGUGACGGAGCCGUGGAGGGCGCGGCGGAGGCGGCCCCGGUGGUGCACUCGAAGCGGCGCCUGAGAUUGUUCGGCGUGAAUUUGGAGUGCGCUCCCGACUUGGAAGAGGCGCCGCAGACGGCAAGAUCAGUGUUCGGUUUAGUGAACCAAACUGCGUGCAAGCCAACCCCGUCGGCACCUUAUUAUUGGUGCUGCAUUGCCGUUCAAGGAGAAAACAGAGUUACUGUUCUGAGAACAUUACAAGCACGGAUAAAAUCGAGGUGUCACCGAAUACAGCAGCUAAUGCAAAGGUUUGUUGUACAGAAACAGAAACCCCCUUUCAAGUGGCUGUUACAACGGCAAGAGAUCGUGAUAUCUAUGUUUAUGCAAGGUGUAAACUAAGAAGAAAAAUUUUAAAUCAAUGUAAAUGUGUAGAUUUUAGGUGAAA